AUGGUUGAAGAACUAGAGAAAGCCUUCAAAGUGCUGUUAUGCACUGAAGAGGAAAAAGUAACCCUGGCAGUCUACCAGCUUCAAGAAAAUGCAAGCAAUUGGUGGAGAGCCACCAGAGGUCAAGUGUUCCCCGCAGGUACUGCCCCGACUUGGACUGUUUUUAUCGAGACCUUCAAUGGCAAGUAUUUCUCGAAAAGUGCCCAAGAGCAGAAGUUGGCUGAAUUCAUGAAACUUCGCCAGGGUCAGAGGUCGGUAGACCAAUAUGAGGUCAAGUUCGCAAGGCUGUCUAAAUUUUCCCCAAGAAUGGUAAAGGACCCAGUGGACAAAGCCAGGAGGUUCCGAAAUGGACUGAAGCCGGACCUCCGCAGUCAGAUGAUCUCACUAAACUUGAGAGGAUAUCAUGAGAUAUAUGACCGAGCUCAGGCAAUCAAGCAUGAUUUAAUGGAUCGGGCUACCGCUUUUGGAUCGCGGCAGGCCCCGGCUUGGGACAAUCGUCGUUUUGGGAAGAGACCUAUGACGGGAAAUAAUCAUUUUGUUCCCCUUGUUCAAAGAAAUAUCGGGAAGCCUAAUCGCUUUCAGAACGCCCCGUGUAGGUUAUGUGGAGGGAGACACGGGAAUGGACCUUGCCCAAAUAGGGGCGGAGCGUGUUUUAUUUGUGGCGGAAUGGGCCAUCAGUUCAGGAAAUGCCCCAAUAACAGACAGGCUGGGUCGCCUGCGCUGCUGCCACCGCCGCCCCGGAAUGGAAAUCAGUUCGGAGCUAUCUAG